UCAAGGCGCGUUCAACUGGUUCAACUUGAUUCAGAAAAGUUCCGAUAAUACACGACGGAUAUUCACAUCGCGCGUCCACGUCUUCGCUGCGUAGGAUGCCACUCCGAAAGCUUUAUUAUGUGCGAAGGUGUCAAUGAACGGGUUGGUAGCUUGGUGCGAACACCAAAUUUGGAUGGAAACGAAAGUCUCCAUUUCAGUCUGCCUAAUAUGUGCUGAGCCGUGAACAGUGGCGCGUGCAUUUUGUAAACACAAAUCUUUGCUCUUGAGAAUGGGUGGCUGGCAAACGGAGUUGUCGAGAACUUGCAAGAGCGUCCCUGUGUUGUGGUUACGUGAGUGCGCGUUGGCUGCCGUCGCUGUACGUGUGCGAAUGUUUACUUCUGUGACAGCAGCAAUGGAUUUAGACACUGCGUCGGCACUCUCCCAUAAAAGGUAAACAACAAAUGACAUCAGCAUUGAAGGACGUAGAUGUUGAGACCCAAUACCAGAGGUUCACAACCAGAUAACAACAUGACAGUCUUGGAGUCCUUGAAAAACAGUGACUCUGAAACAACUUCCUCGAACAACAGACCGCCAGUGUCUGAUUUCCCAUACUCCCAGAAGCUGUUCCACGUUGCAAAUGGAACCUUGUACAGUGUGUUCUCACCGACGCAUGGCCGGAGCUGCGGAAUGAAACCGAACUUCCUCGGCCGCCAGCGAGGCUCCGCACGAGAAUCCAGAGGACGAGGAAGACGGUCCGCGAACCGCUGCCUGAAGUUCCACAACUUCAUUCCAUCGGAGAGCAUCACAUCGGAAAAGGACGAUGGCUGCCAAGACGACGUCUGGAAAGUCCACGCGGAGUGUCGUCUGCAAGAAGAGCACGGCACCAAGCAGAUCAUGGUCUCGCAGUGGUCGCUGUCUUCCGACCUACCGUCCAGCUCGAGAGAAACUAAAUCACCAGUGCCUCCCCCUCUUCCUCCUUUGGUGACACAAAGCAAAGAAGAGCCAGAGCCGACCACCGAAGCCGCACUGAAGAGUGCGCCGUUUCCCGGCCUGUUUUCUAGUCUCCGACCCAGCGAUCACUUGCCGAAAACGAGCGACUUUCUCGGCAUCCAAGACGAGCUCUUCGGCGACUCCGGACUCGUGUGCAGCCCCACGCCGUACGGUUGUGAUAACGGUGACGCCAGGGAGCGCUGUGCUACGCCUUCGUCCACGAACAGUUCCGUAGCUGAGAGCAUCAAGGACGACCCCGAAGCCUUCCACAGGGUGCUCUCGAAGAAGCACCGCAGAAAGCCAGUUCAAACACGGAGAGUGAUUCCAUACAAUAAGUACCUGUCCAUGAUGGAGGACGACGAGUGUCCACAGCCGCUGGACCUCUCUUUUAAAACAAGCAGGAAGGCAACAGCGGGUUCCGCCGGUGCAUUUGUGAGUCCCAGCUUGUCCCCACUCGGGUCUGUUAUUCGUGAGAGUGACUCCAGCGCGUCCCACCCGUUACCGGUGCCCCAUAGGUUUCAGCAGUCCUCCAAAAUGUUCCAGGAGAAGUCGCCGCUACAGGAAGCGCUGGAGGCCCCGCUGAAUCGGCAGUCUUCUCCGCAUUUUGCGUAUCCAGUGCCUCACCACGCAGCCAUGAUGAUGCCGCCGUACGCGCAGGGUACUGCGGUGCCGUUCGGACACGCCCUCUACAAGGUGCCUCCUUCGAGCACAGAGACGCAGCAUUCUGCUAUGCACUCGUUGUACUCAGGUUCUCCGGUGUCAAGCGCUGCUAGUUCAACGUUGUUGGCCGCCCUGCAGGACAGUAGCCAGUGCCAGGCCGGACCCAGCCGAGCGUCUCCGGACUUCCAGAGGUCAUUGAGGAGGCCGAGCCAGAGGUCGCUGAUUAAGCAGAAACUGGAGGAUACCUUUAAGCAAAACGGGUUUUUAGUGAAAACGAAACAGGUGUCGGACGGUGAUGCGACGUUCUGCAAGUUUCGACAGCUACGGAAAUACACGCGGUACUACCUCAAGAGCUGGCAUCACCAUUUGCCGGCGGAAGUACACAAGCUCUGGAAGGGAUUUCUUCCACCAAAGACACUUCCUGGUGGUCAUGUGAUGACAGAAGAGCCCAAAGAAUCGCCAGAAUCGCAGUGAUGUAGAAUACUCAAAUUUUGUUCUUUGGAGAAGUUUUAAGCUUGUUAUCGGAAUGGUAUUGUUUGUGCACAAAGAAGAUUUAAGGAGUGCCGGAGGGUUCAGGAGUAUAUAAGGAGGAUAUAUUACGCGCCGAGAUGCCUAUACUGGGAUUACAAAAUAACGGGCAGUCCUGUCACAGGGAUGCCCUACUUUUAAUUUUUUUAAAAUAUCUGAACACUUAUUUUCGUGGGAUGGUGAACCGGUAGUACACAAAAAUUGACCUAAAGAAUAGCUGCUGGCUCAGUAACGGCGUAUAUGCAAGAUGUAGUCGCAAUGUAGCUGCUCUUUCCCACCAGAACCUAAAGUGCCACUGCGGAUGAAACAAAUUAUAUUUAUUUUAUUUCGUAUUUGAAAUCAACUCAAAGACUCAACAUAAAAAAUAUACCGGACUUCUUUUUUUUUUUUUUUUUUCUCUUUUAGAAAUGUGUUAUAAAAAUGCUAUCGGGGCAUAGAUGUCGUUUUUCAAGUUGAGUUAUACGGCCAUGCGGGCAUCCUCUCUAAGAAAAUAUCUAACUACGAAAUGACUAAUUACCGAAAAUUCAUUAAUGAACUCUUUAUUUAGGGAAUUCCGAGCAGGAUGGGAGAGAAUCCUCGCAGAAAGCCAUUCUACGUUUAAAAACAUCCUGAAAAACAUCCUGAAACACCCACGUGCAUUGAAAUAUGAUAUCCAUAGCUCAAUUUUGAUAUGCAAAUGAACCGAAACCACAGUGACUGGAAGUGCAGGAAGCGCAACACCCAUUCCACGUCGGAGGGCUAUGUGCUUUGGAGCAAUAAAGAGGAUUGGAGUAGUUGCUGAUCUACUAGCCAGAUUAACUGCUUUCCUGCGCAGAGAAGCCUCUGUCCGCAAAGGUGAUAUGUAUGCUCCUGGGGCACGCUGUUUAGGUUUCGGCUCACAUGCUUAGCGGGAUUCAGCGAUGGAUAUUUCACGGUGUGCACUCGUUUCAGGAUUUUUAAAAGAUGCUACUAGAAUGGCUUUCAAAGAGAAUUGUCUCCCAUUCUGCUAUAUCUCGUUUUUACCCAAAAAUUUCUAAUUAAUGAGUUUGUUAACGAAUUUUAGGUUUAACUUGACUGCAAAACCGACGUCUACGCUGCCCGCAUUGCUAGGGCCGGUGAGGGGGGCAGCUGAUAAUAAGGGGGCUUCUGACAGCAGUGGGGGGGCUUUAGAUUUACCCUGCCCUGGGCGCAAACUUGCCUCGCUACGGCUCUGCCCUGAAGUCUGGUAAAGAACGCACUUACAUCUCGUGUACACUCUGUGCUUCCCUGUAGUCACUCUUAUGAAUCUUAAUUUGUGUUUUACGAGUCUAACAAAACAGCAAAAUGGAACUGUUACCACCUAAACUCAAGGAGUCACCAUCCUUGUUUGACUUUGUUACGUUUGUGAUAUGGUUUUUAGUUAGAUCAUCUGCAGUUAUUUAUUGCCGGGUACUGUUGAGAUUUUAAUGUAAAUGUGUGCCAUUGUCCUGUCCUUUGUAGUGUGCACCACAGUGCUUGAAAAUGCAGGGUGCUUGUGAAAGAACAGUAAUAUUAUAGUACAACUUUUACAUGUACUAAUGGCGCUUGUAUGACAUAUCUAGACAUGCUAACUGAGCACCACAUCUGUGAAUAUUAUGUGCAAUACAUCAGUCAUGAAGCAGCUUUACGAUGUAUCGGAUAUUUAUUAACAAUAUUUAUAUUGCUGCAGCGGUUCGUUAAAUGUGCUCCCCGAAGAGCGUGGAUGUUUUUAUAGGUGUAAACCUGAGGCUGGUCACUUAGUGAUGGAGCAGGUUUUACUUAUUGCCCUGUGCUUUAACCUGGAGCAUAACUAGUCUCAUUAAUUAGUAAUUGAUGGAUCUAUGAUUACACUUAUGCAUCUAUAUUUUGCUGCCCUUCCCAGCAGAGCUGUGGGAAAAGAACAAAAUAUACACCUGUGUGCCUUAUAAUGUUGAGAAAUCAUUUGUGUGGGGGCACUCGAGUUCAUUUAUGAUGACUCCUGCCAUGACAAAAAUUUCACUGCUGCCUCUGCCUUUUAAUCACCGUUAGCACAGCGCACAUGCAAAAUAAUGAAGUGCAAGAACGCAGUGAUUGCUACCAUCAUAUCAUCGAGAAACAAGAGUUGAACUAUGUGACAGCGAACAGUGACGUUGUAUGUAACUUACACCAGCCUCAAGGUUGAGGCAUCAACAUCAAGCAUCAUAAACAAACAACAGAAAUUAACUGAAUACCCCAGCAGGGACCUUUGCAGGCAUGAUGGGGACUGCAUGUCUCCACGGAGAAAAAGAGGUCAGGAUGUGGCACGUUGCAAACAAAUUAUCAUUUCAGUUAUUUUGAACACACAUGAUCAUAGGUGUAGUGUGCAGCAAAUCAAUAGGAUGUCACUUUAUAACAUAUUUUCUUUUAAUCCAUUCUCCAGAGAAAUGAUCUACACUGGUCUGUCUGAUAUUGUGAUUCUCAUUGCAAGCCCAUCAUGUGUACUCGAAGCUUUGUUGCCGUUUAUGCACCAAGUAUAGAGCCUGAAGUUUUAGGGAUUCUUCCCCAAAUUUGCACCACGAAUUGAAGGCUGCCUGUUUAAAGUGAAACCCGAUUUUUACCUAGCAAAUUGCCCUCACUAAGACAUCUGUAGGAAUGGACACUUAACUUGUUUCGCAGCAAAUGCAGUUACAUUUCCGUAUGUACCAAACCAGUACAGUUAGUUUGAGUAACUGAGCCCGUUAUUUCUGCCCAUAUUUAGGAUACUGGAAGUUUUUCGAGCCGAAUUCGUAUAACUUUAGAGCACAGGUUCAUUUACCCCCCCCCCUAAUUUAGAAAAAAAAGAUUUCCAGAAAACUUCAGACUCUAACCAUGAACAACAAAGUACUUGUAAAAAUUGCGGUCUGUGCACACUGCAUGGUUUUCAUUGGAUCCUUUUUUUUUUUUGUACAGGCAAGGUUGUUGUAUAACAUUGGUUUGUUUGUGAGGUGAUAUAUUUAUUUCGUUCAGCAAUAUAACCAUUUUUGAGGCAUAGUAUUUAUAAGCAUAGUGAUGUGUUGUUACACUGCACUCAAAUGGUUGUGCUUCAGCAAUGUUUUAUAUUACGUGGUAACCUAGAGUGUCCUGCCCUUGGGUCGUCUCCUGGCAGUUAGGGUUUCUGUUUCUGUUUCUGAACAAAAUGGAUAGUGGUUCUAGUCACUUAAGGGGCCUUCGGUCGAUUUACUUUGCAAUAAUGUUGCCCACGAAGGCGUUCCCCCACCUCCCCUGUAUAUCUUGUUUUUAGACGUACAGCUUUUAAUUGCCAAUAACUUUACCCGCGAAUAGGCUUUGUAGUUGUACAGAUUAUUUAUAUAUUGGUGAUUGUAAAUAUACCUACGUGGUAAGAGCAAAUAAAUGUUGUUAGUCUUUGGUUA